AUGUCUCUCUUCAAGGAGGCGGCUCGACCAUGCCGGGCCAGCAGUGCUCGCCUGCUCUACUCAAAGUCACUACGGGAACAGAAAAGACCUUUCAGCCGCACCCAUGCAGUCCGUUCUUCUAUUACCGCCGAAGAAGUUGAAGGCGCACAUAAAUACUGCGUCGGUCUACUCUCAAAAUAUGACCGACCCUCCUACACCCUAAGCAGCUUCAUCCCCCCUCACGCCCGAUCCUUCUACCUCGCCCUCCGCGCAUUGAACGUCUCUCUCUCCCUAAUCCCCGAAACAACGUCAUCGCCCACAAUUGGUCUCAUGCGCCUUCAAUUCUGGCGCGAUUCCGUGGCCAAGAUUCUCGCUGGUAACCCACCAAAAGAACCCGUCGCAAUCCUCCUCUCCUCUGCCAUCUCCGAACUUCACCAGCGCACAGACGGCCACGCCCGGAUCAGCAAGGGCUGGCUUACACGAUUGAUUAAUGCUCGCGAGCAGACACUCACGAAUGAUCCCUAUACCAAUAUUGCGGCGCUGGAGUCUUACGCCGAGAAUACCUACUCGACUCUUAUGUACCUUACUCUUCAGGCGCUGCCAAUGACAUCUGUGACGGCCGACCAUGUCGCGUCGCAUAUCGGAAAAGCAGUUGGUAUUGCGGCGGUCUUGCGCGGCCUGCCUUUGGUUGCAUUUCCAGCUCCACAGCCUCAUUUGCCGGCUGGUGGUGGCGCAGCCACUUUGGGAUUGAGUGGCGGAGCGCGGCAAGGUGCCGUGAUGUUGCCGCUAGAUAUUAUGGCCAAGACCGGUGUGAAGGAGGAGGAAGUAUUGAGGCGAGGUGCUGAAGCCGAGGGGCUGCGAGACGCGGUCUUUGAGGUUGCAACCCGCGCGAGCGAUCACUUGAUUACUGUGGAGCAGAUGUUGAGUAAUCUGCGCGAGGGUAAGGACGUUGGACACGACUUUGAGCAUGAGGGUGAAGAGGGUCAUGAAUAUGAUGCGCCGAGCCACUCUCGUGACUCGCCUCUCGAUGAGGUGAACAGGGCAUUUGGCGUGUUCAUGCCUGCUAUCGGGACGAGGCUCUGGCUGGAUCGGCUGCAGGAGCAUGAUUUCGAUGUUUUCCGUCCCGAGUUGCUCCGGUCUGAUUGGAGACUUCCUUGGAAGGCUUACUGGGCUUUCCGACAGAAGACUAUUUGA